ACGGCUAGGGGCUCCGUCUCCCCUCUCUGCAACCACUCUCCAGCCGGCUGUCGGCCCGCUGCCUCCUCCGUACGCCCACCCAGCCUCGCCCGCGCCGCCACCAUGAGCCAGGCCUACUCGUCCAGCCAGCGCGUGUCCUCCUACCGCCGCACCUUCGGCGGGGCCCCUGGCUUCUCGCUCGGCUCCCCGCUGGGCUCGCCGGUGUUCCCUCGCGCAGGCUUUGGCACCAAGGGCUCCUCGAGCUCGGUGACAUCCCGCGUGUACCAGGUGUCGCGCACGUCGGGCGGGGCCGGGGGCCUGGGGUCGCUGCGGGCCAGCCGGCUGGGGUCGACCCGCGCGCCCUCCUACGGCGCGGGCGAGCUGCUGGAUUUCUCGCUGGCCGACGCGGUGAACCAGGAGUUCCUGACCACACGCACCAACGAGAAGGUGGAGCUGCAGGAGCUCAAUGACCGCUUCGCCAACUACAUCGAGAAGGUGCGCUUCCUGGAGCAGCAGAACGCCGCGCUCGCCGCCGAGGUGAACCGGCUCAAGGGCCGCGAGCCGACGCGAGUCGCCGAGCUUUACGAGGAGGAGCUGCGCGAGCUGCGGCGCCAGGUGGAGGUGCUCACCAACCAGCGUGCCCGCGUCGACGUCGAGCGGGACAACCUGAUCGACGACCUGCAGCGUCUCAAGGCCAAGCUGCAGGAAGAGAUCCAGCUGAAAGAAGAAGCAGAGAACAAUCUGGCUGCCUUCAGAGCGGAUGUAGAUGCAGCCACUCUAGCCCGCAUUGACCUGGAGCGCAGAAUUGAAUCUCUCAACGAAGAAAUUGCGUUCCUUAAGAAAGUACACGAAGAGGAGAUACGUGAGCUGCAGGCCCAGCUUCAAGAACAGCAGGUCCAGGUGGAGAUGGACAUGUCCAAGCCAGACCUUACAGCUGCCCUUAGGGACAUCCGGGCUCAGUACGAGACCAUUGCAGCUAAGAACAUCUCUGAAGCUGAAGAGUGGUACAAGUCCAAGGUGUCCGAUCUGACCCAGGCAGCCAAUAAGAACAAUGAUGCACUGCGCCAAGCCAAGCAGGAGAUGAUGGAAUACCGGCACCAGAUCCAGUCCUACACCUGCGAGAUUGAUGCUCUCAAAGGCACUAAUGAUUCCCUGAUGAGACAGAUGCGGGAGCUGGAGGACCGCUUUGCCAGUGAGGCCAGUGGCUACCAGGACAACAUCGCACGGCUGGAGGAGGAGAUCCGGCACCUCAAAGAUGAGAUGGCCCGCCAUCUGCGCGAGUACCAGGACCUGCUCAAUGUGAAGAUGGCCCUGGAUGUGGAGAUUGCCACCUACAGGAAGCUGCUAGAGGGCGAGGAGAGCCGGAUCAACCUUCCUAUCCAGACCUUCUCUGCUCUCAACUUCCGAGAAACCAGCCCUGAGCAAAGGGGUUCUGAGGUGCACACCAAGAAGACAGUGAUGAUCAAGACCAUUGAGACCCGGGAUGGGGAGGUCGUCAGUGAGGCUACACAGCAGCAGCAUGAGGUGCUCUAAAGCCAGAGACCCUCAGACAACAUCCUGGCCCCCUCCUCACCGCCUCCUGAAGCCAGCCUCCUUCCAUCCUGGGAGCCACACCCAGCCACCUUCCUCCCUCACAGCCCCUGACCCUUCCUCACUGGCCACCCCUCCUGGUUCCCAUCCUGUCCAGCCCCAGAGAGCUCUCCAGCGGCCUUUGUGGACCCCAUGAUGAGUCCUAGCUGUUGGAAGAGGGUGAGGCUGGCCCAGGGCUGAAUGGAACCAGCUGGAGUGGUGACCCUACCCUCUCACCUCUGUGACCUCAGGCUCUAGUCUCUGCUUUGGAAAGGGCCCCAGAGCAGGGCAUAUGGACCCCGAAGUGUCAGGACAGAGCCCCAUGGACCCCCACCCUCAGCCUGGGUCAGAGAGAGAAAGGGCAGCCUCAUCAGAAAGCCAGGCAGAGGCCAGGGCAACUGGCCCCUGAGGAGUGUGAGGGGCCUGAGCCUGGCCAUGCCCUCCUCCUUCCUUUCCCUAGCGCAGGGUGGGCUUAGAAAGCAGGGGCUGCCAGAGGAAACCCCCGAAGGUGCUGGAUGUGGGAGCAUGAGAUGCAGAAGGAGAGAGGGUGGGUGAGAUGCUGGAGAGGAGAGGAGAGGAGAGAGGCAGAGAGGGGCUCAGGUUGGCAGGAGGACGCCACCUCCCCACGCCUGCCCCUCCUGCUGCAGGGGCUCUGAACUGAAACAAUAAAGAGAUAAGCACAAGCUGCCAUGU